CUCAUAAAAUAGUGAGAGUUGGUCGUAAAAACAUUCUGUUUUCAACUUGCAACACAAUAGUAUACGGCACACUUUUGCAAACUCGCCGCCUAAUCAAAACAAUAUUCGCCGGAAAAUGGAAAAUCGGCCGACGAUCAUGGUGACAAACGACGACGGAAUAGACGGCGCCGGCCUGCAAGCUCUGGUUCAAGUCCUCGUCUCCACAAACCGUUAUCAAGUCUUUGUCUGCGCUCCUGAAUCGGAAAGGUCAGCUUUUAGUCAUAGUAUUACUUGGCAACAUCCUCUCCAGGUCAAGCAAGUAGAAAUUCAGGGAGCAACAGCCUUUGCAGUUUCUGGGACUCCAGCAGACUGUGCUUCUUUGGGAAUCUCCAAAGCUCUUUUUCCUGUGGUGCCUGAUCUGGUCAUUAGUGGCAUCAACAAGGGUAGCAACUGCGGUUACCACAUUGUGUAUUCUGGAACAGUAGCAGGUGCCCGAGAGGCCUUUUUCCAAGGUUUACCUUCUAUCUCAAUAUCAUACGACUGGGUCGGGGGUAAGAGCACUGUUAAUGACUUCAAACUUUCUGCCGAAGCUUGCUUACCCAUUAUAAAUGCAAUUUUGGUCGAAAUUAAAAGCAAAACAUAUCCUCAGAAGUGCUUUCUGAAUGUAGAUCUGCCUACAGAUGUUUUGAAUCAUAAGGGAUAUAAGUUGACAAAGCAAGGAAAAAGUAUCAUCAAAAUGGGUUGGAAGAAAAUUACUUCUGAGGCACAGGUUGGAAAAAUAUUGUCAACAAUGACUAUGGAAGCAGAUACAUCAAACAUCGACAUGAAUGCUACAAAAGUAUCACAAGGAUCUCAAAACAAUCUCCUUUACAUGCGAGAAAUUGUAGGUGUCCAAGUGGGAGAAAUAGAUACAGACUACUCCUCCCUUCAAGAAGGAUAUAUAACUGUUUCCCCUCUUAGUGCAUUGACUCACGUAGAGACAGACUGUGAAGCAUACUUCAAAAUGUGGCUUCCAGGUGUUACAGAGCGCUUCUCUGCUUCAGCUCUGUGAUAAAAUUUGAUACUGUUUACUUGCAAGGCUUCUUUAACAUUGAUAAGUUCAUUGAGGUCAUAUUUUUAUGUGGCACAAUGAGUCAUAUUCAUUAUGCAACACAUCUGUAAACAAAAAUUAUGUCAAUACUUUCCUAUUCAUAUAUUUCUACUUAUUCUACUCACA